ACGUAUAAUCUAGUGGACGGAACGUUUCUUUCAGCAGCAGCAACUGUUAGUCCGCCACCUCGGUAGCUUGCUAGACAAAAUAUACGAACCAAUAAAGCUCUUUAGACGCUUUAGUGUAUAUUAGCCACUGUAUUUUAAACCCUUGUCUGUCGUCUAGUUAGUUAGUUAUCCUAUUUAAUUUCAUAUUUACGGUGUUGUUAUUAUUCAGCUAGCGGGCUGGUUAAGUUAGCAUUAGCCUAGCUAGCUAACAUCUCCGACCAUGAGUUCACUAAAUUACUCUCUUCCUGCUGAAGAAGAGACGGUCUGUUGGACGGAGAAAGAAGCUCUCAUCAAAGAGGAGGAGGAAGAGAAGGAUGUUACAAUACAAAAACAAGUAGAGGGUGAGGUUGUUACCCUGAAAGAAGAAGAUAAAGACGUUUCAGUGAAAGAAGAGGAAGACGUUACAGUGAAAGAAGAGGCGUUCAGAGUGAAAGAGGAGGAGGGUGUUACAGUAAAAGAUGAGGAGGAUUCAGUUUUUGAAGUGAAAGCGGAGGAUGGGGAGUUUACGGUCUCAUCGGAAGAAGAGGAGGAAGAAACUGGAUAUCUGGGCCCGAUUUCCCAAACGCAAUUUAAGGCAUCCAGUGGUUCUAAAGAUGAACUUAGCCAUAAGAUGGUUUUGAGAAACCGGGCCGUGAUUACCACUGGAGAGAGACGGGACUAUCGUGGAUCCUCUGGGGAGCCUCAACAACCUCAUGAUGCUGACGAGGCAGAGAAGAGUCUCUCCACAUCAGAACGCCUCAAUAAACACCUGCAGAGAUCCACAGGGAAGAGAUCUCACCGCUGCUCCGACUGUGGGAAGAGAUUCACCUCAUCAGGCAUUAAAAUUCACCAGAGAACACACACAGGAGAUAAACCUUAUAGCUGUGGUCAAUGUGGGAAGAGAUGUACUACAUCUGGCCAGCUGACUCAACACCAGAGAACACACACAGGAGAGAAACCGUAUAGCUGUGGUCAAUGUGGGAAGAGUUUUCGUGCAUCUAGAGAUCUGACAGUGCACCAGAGAAUACACGCAGGAGAGAAACCUUAUAGCUGUGAUCAAUGUGGGAAGAGUUUUACUACAUCUAGCAGUCUGACUGUACACCAGAGAACACACACAGGAGAGAAACCUUAUAGCUGUGAUCAAUGUGGGAAGAGUUUUCGUCAAUCUGGAGAGCUGACAGUGCACCAGAGAAUACACACAGGAGAGAAACCUUAUAGCUGUGCUCAAUGUGAGAAGCGUUUUAAUCGAUCUUGCCAUCUGACUCUGCACCAGAGAACACACACAGGAGAGAAUCUCUAUAGCUGUGCUCAAUGUGGGAAGAGUUUUCGUCAAUCUGGAGAGCUGACAGUGCACCAGAGACUACACACAGGAGAGAAACCUUAUAGCUGUGGUCAAUGUGGGAAGAGUUUUACUACAUCUGGCCAGCUGACAUUACACCAGAGAACACACACAGGAGAGAAACCUUAUAGCUGUGGUCAAUGUGGGAAGAGAUGUACUACAUCUGGCCAGCUGACUCAGCACAAGAGAACACACACAGGAGAGAAACCUUAUAGCUGUGGUCAAUGUGGGAAGAGUUUUGGUGCAUCUAGAGAUCUGACAGUGCACCAGAGAACACACACAGGAGAGAAACCUUAUAGCUGUGAUCAAUGUGGGAAGAGUUUUACUACUUCUAGCUAUCUGACAGUGCACAAGAGAACACACACAGGAGAGAAAUCUUAUAGCUGUGACCAGAGAUAAUCUGAUUAAAGAUCUCUGACUAAACAUCAGAAAAUACAUGAAGCAGUUGUUUCAUGAUAUCAAUGAAAUGAUGUCACAAUGUAGAAUGUUUUAUCAUUGUAGUAGGAGUAUUUUAAUGAUGUCACAAUGUAGAACCCUAAACGUUUGUUCCCUUGAUUUCAACAUGAUAUGGAUAUUAGCCUCAGGGGGAAAAUCCAGGCUCUGAAUUGAAAGAGUACUAUUUAUGUGAUUUAACAAAAAGUGACUAACACAAAAAGAGCUGUGUUACACCAUGUUGGUGACCCACUUUAAUCAAAAUGCAACACUUCAAAAUGUAGCUAGCUGUUUUCUACAAGUUGUCCUCUAACCAGGGAUGUACACAUUAUUCCCAGAUUCCAUGUGGUUUUUGAGCUGUUAGUUUUAACAGGACGUGCAACCUCAUCUCCCUCCUCUCGGCACA